AUGGCGCGGGGCCGUCGUGGUCGCCCUGCUUCAGUUCGGUCUCGUGUUUCGAGAGUCAACGCGGACAUUGAAGACCCUGUUGUCCGGCCGUCCAGAACAAGAGAACAUCGAAGUUCAGGCCGCCGUAGUUCUCGUUCACAUGUUGCAGCUUCAAGCGGUUCUGGCCGUAGUUCUUCGCCUUCGCGAAGGAGUGUCCGCGAGCGUUCGCACCGUAGAAGUCGUUCCGCUUCUCGCAGCCCUGAGCCCCCAACUUGGGCGAAGGAAAUCUUAAAGGCUCUGGAGGCGAAAACGGAGGAGGUCAAGGUUGUCAAGGAACAGUUCUACUCACUAAAACGCAAGUCUGCAGAAGAGGAGCCCGAGUUCAAAUAUAAGAGUAACAAGAAACAGUUCAAGUUCAACACUGACGUCAAGGAUAAGUUCAACCAGAUUUUAGAGAGGGCUGAGGCGGAUGACGCGAUCACUAAGAUUGCCAACGAAGGUAUGUCACUCCUUGAUAACAGAAAUAAGCUUAUUUCUAUUGCUGACCGGGAUGGCUGGGACGUGGUAGAAUAUUUUGAGGCGGACCCACUCACUAAAAAUGACGAAGAAGAAAAGAAACUUCGUGUCGCGCGCAAGGAAGCAGAGAGGUCUCGGGAGAAGCGAAAUCGAAAAAAUAGCCUGAGAAGCAAAAUGGGAACUCGUUUUAAGUCUCAGUCUACAUCGUCCAAAAGCCGCCCCAGUGUAAAUUUUGGCCCGUCACAUAGAAUCGUGGAUUUUCGCCCGGAUGUCGGUCAGCUUUUGGUUAAUCCUGUACCGGAGAAAAAAGCUUCUGUUUAUCGCUGCUUUGGUUGCGGCAAAGCAGGCCAUUUCAUCAAGGAUUGUAAAGUUUCCUCUUCCGCUAAAUGACUAGCUGACUCUGAUUUUGACGAGUUUUCGGAGCGCGGCGAGGCUGAACUUGACACGGGCGUUUCCUCAGUAUUUUGGAUUAGAGGCCGCUUGCGCAAGUUUUUGCAUGUUUGGCGUUCUACUGGGGCCUCUUCUUUUGUUUUUAGUGUUAUUGAAAGCGGUUAUAAGUUACCAUUUGUUUCAAUUCCAGUGAAGUAUUUCUUUAGUAAUCAUAAAAGCGCUGUUGGUAAUAGAGCUUUUGUUUGUGAGGCUAUCGAGCAAUUGUUGUUGGCGGGUAGCGCGGUGGAAGUCAAGCGUGACCAAGUUCAUGUUUGCAGUCCCUUAGGUGUAGUUCCUAAAAAGAAUGGCAAACUUCGAUUGAUUCUUGACCUUCGCUUUCUUAACAAGCAUCUAGCCAAGCGUAAGUUUAUGUUCGAAGACCUCCGAGUCGUGGCGGAAAUUCUUCAGCCAGAUGAUUGGUUUUUUACUUUCGAUCUUCGUAAUGGCUACCAUCAUGUUGACAUUUUUCAAGAGCAUUGGAAGUAUUUGGCUUUUUCCUUUACUUUCGAUGGAAAGCCGCGCUAUUUUUUGUUUUGUUCGCUUCCUUUUGGUUUAAGUACGUCUCCUUUCGUUUUCACCAAAUUGUAAAUACCAGUUGUUGCACACUGGCGGUCGCAAGGCAUUAGGAUUUCUGUCUAUUUGGACGACGGUAUCGGCGCUGAUUCAAGUAAAGAUUCGUGCUCCCAGGACGCGCAACUAGUGCGGACCGAUCUUGAUCGCCUUGGCCUGCUAGUGAAUGAGGAAAAGAGCAAUUUUUUACGCGCGCCAAAAAGGGGAGCACUUAGGCUUUAUUUUGGACCUUACCAAGGGAGAAUUUAG